AUAUGGCCCCGAUGCUGGACUGGGAGCACUCAUGCCGGUUGUGCUCGGAAAAUAAAACUGACAUGUUUGAUAUAUUUGGUGAUGAAGGCGUCCGUAGACGAGUUGCACAAAAGUUACGGGUUUGCUUGCCAGUUAUGGUGUACAAAAGUGACCCACUGCCUAAAAAAAUAUGUCAGUUUUGUGCUGCCAGGCUGGACGAUGUCUAUGAGUUCCGGGAGUACUGUCUUAAUGUUUACAAGAGCAUGCAUUUUAAAUUAUUGGCUAAUAAAACUUCAAAUACGGUAAAGAUAUUUUUGGAUGCUAUGUCUAAUUCUCCUGAUCCAUGCCAGGUCCAGCUGUGUAUGAUAAAACAAAGAGCUCCGCCGCCAUUGGUUCCACUGCCAGUGAGAACACAGUCCCCGGUGGAAAAAGAAUCUCUAGAACCUCUAGUGGAAUUACCCUGCGAAGUUGAAAUAAAGGAAGAGCCGACAGACGGAUUUGAAAAAAUGGAUUUUGAAUCUGGAGUUGGGGACAGCGAGCAAAGUUUUGUUGAUGUUCUGGGUUUAGUUGAAGAAAAUGGAUGUCAUGAUGAUGAUAAAAAAACUAGUAUUUUAGAACGUGUGUUGAAAGGAGACUUGACUGCCAAUGAUUGCAAAGAUGGAUCACCAAAGACUAAAAACUCUCAGUGGAAUUGCUCACCAUGCAAUAGUUACUACAAGAGCAAAGAGAGUUUGAUGAAACACAUGCAGUUUAAUUGUCCCAGGAAGUAUGAGUGUGGGAAAUGUUUGAUUAUUUUUAAGAGUUUUGGAGAAUUAACUCAUCAUGAAGAAGUGUACCACAGUCAUAGAAAUGAGAUCAAAGCUGAUGACCAGCAAAUGAACGGCAGUUUGAUGCAAGUAAACGCGGACUUGGAAGGAUUUAAACGGGAGCCCAGUGAUGGGAUUAAAAAUCUCGUUUGUCCUACGUGUGGCAAGAUUUGCACCCAACAAAGUGCGCUGUCGAAUCAUAUGCGGACUCACGAGCCCAAGAAACACAAGUGUGAUAUUUGCGGUAGAUCUUUUGGUUUAUUUAUAAGAUUAGCUGCGCAUAAACUGGGUGAACAUAAUCAGCAGCCUUCUAUUAUACCGGAAGUCAGUACUAUUGAGCAAGAAGAAGCGCUCAAUGAUGAGAGAGAAGCGAGGAAAGCGAGAGAAGUUAAAGUCAAGGAUCUUUGUCGGACUUUUUCUGAAACUCUAGAUGACAACGAAAUGGCUGAUGAGAGACCAACAAAACGUAACGCGCUAUUGAAUUCAAAUGCGAAGAAUGUCGCGCGGUGUGGAAUUUGUCAACAAUGGUUCAAUGAUCAUACGACGAUGCUUAAUCAUCUGCAAACACACUCGGAUAAUUUAAUAACAAAGAAUUUUAAUUGCAGUACUUGCAAAAAAAGUUUCAGAGAAAAAUGGCAAUUACAGAGGCAUGAGCUGUCUCAUAAACGCGCAAAAGUAAUUACCUACGAGUGUUCCGUCUGCAAUAAAUCAUUUGCUGAUAAAUCACAGCUUGAAAGUCAUGAAAAAAUUCACGUUGUCGAUCGCACAUAUCGGUGCGCAAAGUGUGACAAAAUUUUCUUUAAAGAACUUUCACUUAUUACUCAUCAGUGCAGCGGAGUCUCCUCUUUCGGUCGAAAAAAUCCGUCAAUUAAAUCAACCGCGAUCAAGGAUUCUUCGACAACUAAACCCACCAUUACAACAACACCAGCAGCGAAUGAAACCAAAAAAUAUAAAUGUCCCAAGUGCCCGUCGACCUUUGAUACUUCGCAGUUGAGAAAUUUACAUAUCAGGAUACACAUCGAGCCAAAGGUACAGGAUACUAGUAGUGAUGAAAUUAAGCCGAUGCCUAAAUUGAAACCGGAACCGUCUACUGUGCCGUCUUCGGUGGAGCCUAAUGUUAAUAUUGAAGAACAAAAUUAUACUGUGCCAUUAAAAAGAACGCUCAUUAAAACUGCUGGGGGAUACCGGUGCGGAGUAUGCAAAUCUCCCUUCGUGUUGCGAGAUUUAGCAGUAGCGCAUUUGAGAUCAGCGCAUCCGGUGAUGCCGUACCAGUGUCCAUAUUGCAAAGAACGUUUUACAACCCAGUAUACAUUUACUCAUCAUAUUAAAACAAGUCAUCCAAAUGAAACAGGAUAAUUAGUAAUUAAUAAUUGAACUCAGGAACGCAGCCGUUUACUUUAAGACUCAUAUUAUUAAAAUUAUUGUUUUUUUUUUUUAGCUAUUUAAAAAUUUGUUGAUCGAAUUAUUUAUUUAAGCGAAGAUCUCAAGUUUUAUCAUUUACUUUUUUCUUUUUAUUUAAACUAAGUAAUUAAUUAACUCAUUUCAGGAGUUUGCAACUAAUAAUUUCUAAUGGUAAAUUGUUGAUAGUUGAAGUGGAAAUAUGACUAAGAAAUAAUAUAUAUAUAAGAUGUUGGUUGAAUCAGGCAGGACAGAUUAUAUUUUUGAUAAAUAUAGCGACUUGAUAAAAGAAUAUAAUUUGUAAAGAUUGUGGGUGCGCGGGAAAUACUAGAUUAUAUUUUUAAUGACUGCAUAUAAGUAUUGAUCAAUUCCCUCGUGCUCCGAAAGUUGAUUUAUAUAAAAUAUUUUAAAUUAUAAUGUUUAUAAAUAUAUAUAUAACUGAUUGAAAACAUGGUUUCUAACUUAAGAUGUGUCUAAUGUUGAUAAUAAGACUUUAUAUAUAUAUUCAUUCCAUUCUCGAUGUUGACAAUACCGAUAAAUAUUUAAUUUCAUGAUGGAAGAAAAUAAUAUAAAUAUAU